GAACACCGCCACAUCUAGGAUCUUCUGUCUUUGUGCUAUCUGAGAUUGCAUACACUCUGGCCUCUUUUUUCCCCCACACCAACAGCCGGCUUCCAAGCUUCUGGGAGACUUCAUAUAGUAACGGUACAAGGAAUCCGAGAAUCAGCGUGAUUCUACGACAUGCACACAGCAGCAUACGGCUUCUACCUAGCAGUCUUCUCGCUGCUAGGUAGCUCGCACGCUGUGAGCCAUGCUACGCCUUCGAAAGCCCCGAGUCCUCCGAAAAACGUCUGCGAUUUGGAGCCCGGCGCGAUUGUGUCAGACGCAUGUGCAAGCUACAAUACCCUCGAGCAACUCAACGAAGCCGUACACCCCUACCUCCACUCGAUCACACAGAACACCGACUUCUUCUCGCAUUACCGAUUAAGCUUGUUCAGCAAGAAAUGUCCCUUCUGGGACGACGAGAAUGGCAUGUGCGGAAAUGUGGCAUGCGCGGUGAAUACAUUGGACAAUGAGGAAGACAUUCCGCUGGUUUGGCGUGCAAAGGAACUAGGAAAGCUGGAGGGACCGACAGCGCAACAUCCGGGGAAGAAGCUACAAAGGGAAGACAGGAAACGACCGCUACAUGGUGGUCUAGGCGAGGACGUCGAUGAGAGUUGCGUGGUGGAAUACGAUGACGAGUGCGAUCAGCGCGAUUACUGCAUACCGGAGGACGAGUCGGCCACAGCAAAAGGUGAUUAUGUGUCGCUUGUGGACAAUCCCGAGCGCUUCACUGGGUAUGCUGGUGUCGGCGCGCAGCAGGUCUGGGAAGCCAUCUAUCGCGAAAAUUGCUUUAGCAAGCCUCCAAAGGUCGCGCCUUCGACUGGAAAAUCCUCUCUGCCGGGUGGCUUCGGAAACCAGCAGCAGAUGCUUGCAGCGAACCAGCUACGUAAUGUUUUCAAAGAGCAGGGCAUGCAGAAGAAGGUGCAGGCAGCGAUCGCUCACGGAACCCCAGUUCAGCAACUCGAUCCCGUAGAAUUCGACGACACUUGUCUGGAGAAGCGCGUCUUCCAUCGCGUAAUCUCUGGAAUGCACGCCUCGAUCUCCACACAUCUAUGCUGGGACUAUUUGAACCAGACCACAGGCCAAUGGAGCCCCAACCUCGCCUGCUACGAACAGCGACUCCACAAUUUCCCCGAGCGCAUCUCCAACAUCUAUUUCAACUACGCGCUCGUUAGUCGCGCAGUUGGCAAGAUUAAGCAACACAUUCAAGACUACUCUUUCUGCUCCGAAGACCCCGAACAAGAUAUGCGUACCAAGAACUCUGUCUUGCGCCUCGCUUCCGCCCUUCCUUCGGGCCCCGAGAUCUUCGACGAGACAGUCAUGUUUCAGGACCCCGACACCGUAGCGCUGAAAGAGGAUUUCCGCAAUCGCUUCAGGAACGUGAGCCGCAUUAUGGACUGCGUAGGCUGUGACAAAUGCCGACUGUGGGGCAAGCUUCAGACGAACGGAUACGGCACCGCACUCAAAGUCCUCUUCGAGUUCGACGAGAAAGAUUCCUCCAAGGACCCGCCACUCCGCCGUACCGAGCUUGUUGCGCUCAUCAAUACCAUGGACCGCCUUUCGCACUCGCUGUCGGCUAUCAAAGAGUUCCGCGGCAUGGUCGAGGAGCGCGAUGGUCUUAACAGAGCCGUGGCUCCGGAGACAGACAAAGAGGUAUUGAAGACGAAACUCGCAUUGGAAGACUUUGACGAGGAUGAAAAGGAAACAAGCAACCCAGUCAGCGAUGAUGACGGCAUGCCGGACUUCCGCAGAGAUUGGGAUUCGAGGAACAUGACCGUCAUGGAGGAGGUCUGGGCAGAGUUCAAUCUAGUCAAAAGCGCGUUUUACUAUGUGCUCUGGCAGUGGUCACAACUCCCGGGUCGAUUGGGCAGGAUCCUCAUCCUCGAAAUGGGCCGCUUGUAUAACUGGUGGCUAGGCAUGAAUCCCGGGCCUCCGAGCUGGGAAAUCAAGGUCCCGAGGCGUGAGGAGUUGUAGGCUUUUGAUCAAAACUCAUUCACCGCGGUUUAGAAUAUUUUGUUUCAUGUGCAUAGCUAUGGCGUUUUAGUGGAAGCAGUCUUGUACUACAUUGGCAUUAGAUGGCGUUUAACAC